UGGAACGGUUGCCAUUCGCAUAGAAGGGCCCAACUUUUAAUUUGAGGAGCUGUUUAAACAAUCUUAUGUGAACUGUACCAAGGAUAACAAAAGGAUGCAUGAGGAAAUGACUGAAAAGGAUUCCCAGUGUCGCAUCUGCCUUUUGCAGCCCAAGGAUGAGUCGCUUAUGCCCACAGAGACCAAUUUCCUGGAGCAGAUCCGAAGUUGCACCGGGAUUCAGAUGACGGAAACUUCAAAUGGGUCCAGUCUUAUAUGCACCAGUUGCGCCCUGCUGCUACGGGCGGCGUUGAAGCUGAGGACUCUUUGCCAGGAGGCGCAGAAGGAGCUGGAGCGAAUACAAGACGAGGAAUCUGCUAAAGUAGAUGAAGAAAAGGAUAACGAGGAAGGCGCUGACAGUGAUGCCAUGUUCGAGGAGUAUGUGGUUACAUUGGAUGGCACCGAAUUCUCCUCAGAUGUCGAUGAAAUCAUCAGCAUUGAGCCCGCCGAUUCACUGCCUCCUUCGCCUAUAAGGGAAGAGCCGUUGUCCAUGGACGGCGGCGUUUCAUGUUCCGAACCAGAAAAUAGCUCCGCUCAAGCGUUACUAUUUUCCUGUAAUUUAUGUCCAAAUGUUUAUAGUCAUCGUGUCAAGUUGACGGCUCACUUGAAAGUUCACAAUAACGAUAAGCCGCACGAGUGCGAAAUCUGCCACAAACGAUUCCGCCAGACUACGCAGCUAGCUAGGCACAUGAACACUCACACCGGCAAUCGUCCCUAUAAAUGCGAUUUCUGCGACUCUUGCUUUGGGGAUCCCUCCACCCGAAUCAAGCACCAAAGGAUACACACAAAUGAAAGGCCGUACAAGUGCAAGUUCUGUGCAAAAACGUUUUCUUAUUCCAACGUGCUACGAGUUCACAUGAAGACGCAUACGGGAGAACGUCCAUUCGGAUGCCGACUUUGCCAUAAAACAUUCUCCCAACCGCAUCAUAGAAAAUACCAUGAAAAAACACACAAGUGAUGAAGGGGAGUUCCUU